CCGGCGUGCUGGGGCGGCGCGGCGGCGGGGGCUGCGGAGCGGCUCCUGGGGGCCGGGCGGCCCCGGCGCUGGGGUGAGCUGAGGUGAGCUAAGGUUUAUAAUGGAACUUACCUCUUUGCCUAAAUUCCUUUGGACAAGUGACAACAAGCUUCUGCAUCACCAUUUUCCAGACAUAUUGGCUACUGUUCAUACCACACAGGACAUCCCUGAAGAAGUUGUUUUUGGACCAUGCAUGCUCCAGAACACCCUGCUGGACACUGUAGCUUUCAUUGCUCUCAAGUGUUCAGAGAGACGGAACAUCCACUAUGUAUUUAAGGUGGAUGUUACAUCUGUGCACAGUCCCACAGGACUGCCUUGGAUGAGACUUGUACAAGCAGCUGCCAAUAGCAAGGAGCAGAACUUGGAAGCUUACUUAGAAAACAGUCAGUUAUACUAUCGCCCCACCAGGAAAAUCAGUAAAAAUGAGGAACUGCUUGUCUGGUAUGAUGAGGAGCUUUCCAGCCUCUUGGGUUUCAAUGAGAUAAAAGCUCAGAGUCCCCAGAAUGAGUUGAGAUGCCAAGAAUGCAGCCGAGUCUUCAAAUGUGAGCAUUCCUAUCUGUCCCAUGUCCGCUUCCUCUGUGUCCCAGAGAAGAGCGCUCUGCUGUGGAGAAACUUCCAGAACCCUAAAACUGAAAAGAGCAACUUGGCUGAGCAGACCACAAAUUUCCACAGUCUGGCAAGGGACUUGGAAGUCAAAAUGGCAGCUUGUAAAGGUGAUGCACAUGGUCUUACUGGAGAAAGGAGAGCAAAAUCUGAAGAGGCUGAGAACAACAGGAACAGGAAAACAGUGCUGUUGGAGAAAACAAAUAAUUUGACUGAGGAACGUAACUGUGGGGACAAGGAAGAGGUUGGGGGAGAGCAUGCAUUGGCUGGUUCUUUCUGGAAGCUUAGUUCAGGGAGGCAGUCAGCUAGGAAGGAUGCUUUAGAGCAGAAGCAGAGUGCUUUCACUGAGGUCAGGAAGAUGAAAGAGAAGCUGAGGAAUGAGAGGCUGCAGGAGCCAGAACAGGAGGAUGUCACGGUCCCACUUGCUAAAGAGCAGGUAUCAAAGGAAGUGUUGCUGAACUCCUCUGGUAGUGCAUUCUCCUUUGUUUGGCCCACCAGAGCUCGAGGAGAACAGAAGAGUGCUUUCAGCAAACCCAGUAAGUGUGUAACAGAAAGAGCUGCAGUAAAUUCUUCUCAUCCCAUGAGUGAGUCAGCAAAGAGCCUGGGGGAGCUGUCUGGCUUCAUUGCCACUGCAGACAUCAUGUGCUGCAGCACUCUUCUCAGUUCCAAGUUCUUUGUCAGUGAUUUGUGUAAUGCUCAGAUGCUGCAGACAAGCAUCACUCGGAGCAAUGUUUUCCCAUAUACCUCAGAACCAUGGCCCAAGCAAGCAGGAGGACAGUUACAAAACACCACCACCACUUCCUCCUCCACCUCCUCCUCCUCCUCCUCUUCCUUGACUCUUCUUCCCCCCACCUUCACAUCCUUUGGAGUGGCUGCCCAGAACUGGUGUGCCAAAUGCAACCUGUCCUUUCGCAUGACAUCUGAUUUAGUCUUCCACAUGCGGUCACAUCACAAAAAAGAAUACUCCUCAAGUGAAUCCCAGUGCAAGAGGAGACGAGAGGAGAAGCUGACAUGUCCCAUUUGCCAUGAGUACUUCCGAGAACGCCAUCAUUUAUCCCGGCACAUGACUUCUCAUAAUUAGAGCUGUGCAGACAGAUGUCACCAAGGGACCGGGCAGGUUGGAUGAAGAAGGGAAUGAUAGUUCACUUAAAUCCAUUUCUUUUUGAGUUUACAUUAAUUUCUUUCAGGAAAUCACUGUUUACAAUAAUUUAUAAUAGAUGCUUUGUGAAAAAAAUGUAAAAUGUUUAC